AUGGUUCACCUUCCGAACCUCAGCCGACAAGCUCCCAAGAGAGGCCCUUUGGAGAACGGUGACAUUGUCAAAAUCCGUGUUCGGGUCAAGGCCGACUCGGCGGACUUGGGAACCCUGAGACAGUACGGUGGGCAGACCGACAAAGACAUUCACGAAGUUCCGGGCGUUGCGCGGGAAUCAUCAUUUGACUAUGGAGAUGAAAGACUUCUCCAAUUUGAAAUCGAGAUUUUUGGUGAAUCUUUAACAUUUGAUUAA